AUGCUAAUCGUGCUCCUCUUUGGGGUUUUCUUCGGUUUUUCCGAGACGGCCCUCGAGCAACUCGCUCAAUUCACACAUUGGGAUAUUCUCACGAAAAUUGAUGGAGAAGUUUUAUUGACAACACCUGGCUCUCAAAAAUGUUUCGGACUUGGGCUUAAUUUUGGGACGGAUCUCGACUCAUCAACACAUAUCACUUUUCGAGGAGUUCGAGGUCCAAACAUCACCGAAUCAGUUUCCCGAGAAGUAAAGACUUUCUGUGCAAAAUUGGGUCAUAAAGACUCGAUCGAGUAUGAGUUAAUGCCCGUAAUGUUGAAAGACUUUGAGACGAUCAAUGUUGGAGAUGAACAACCGACGGCUAAAACAAAAGAAGCCGAAUUGGAUUACGAGUAUGAGCUUUCGCGAGAGAAAACGGAGAGAAUGAUUGAUUUGAGAACGGUUUUUGACGAGCUUCACAAUGGAAGAGUGGAUCAACUAGUGACAACGCAGAUUUUACAAGAGACUCUCACCGAAUUCCUUGGGAACCAUGUUGAUGAUUGGGCUUUAAAAAAUGGACCUGUUGAGCUGGCGUUAGCACGGGUGGCCACAAUCAAACCGGCAAAAUGUGAUAAACAAUUGAAUGUGAUCCAUUUACAAGUUUGCGUGCCGGCUCUUGACUUUUUCAACACAGGAAAUAUUGUUGAGAUCGUUCACAAAGGUCAAUUUGUCACAUUCAACAAUGAGACAUUCUACGCUCAAAUCUCUCUUCCAUCUCAUGUUUUUGUUCCAUCUGGUGAUGGACGAAUUGUGCCAAUUGAUGUGAAUCAAUGCAAAAGACCUACUCGCCACGAUUUCUUUUGUUCUCCGAAUGCUUUACUAUCAAAUAAUGCAUGUCAACCGCCAUUGUUAAAGAAUUGUUCGAUAAUCCUUUCCGACUCAAGAAUGCCUGCAAAAGUUCGAGAGUUCUCCAAUGGAUAUCUCGUCAGAUCAUUUAAAAAUAAUGUUGAGCAAAUCUGUGGAAAUCACACAACAAAGAUGAUCUUCCCGAUGCCAUUAAAUAUGUGGUGGAGACCAGUGGAUGAAUGUUUAUACACAAUUGGAGAACACAUUGAAAUGCCUUCACUCGAUGGAGUUGGAUUCGAGACUUUCCUUGAGAAUCAGCUCCGCAUCGAGAUCCUUCCCAAAGCAUUGGAUGGAUAUUUCUAUGAACGCUUACCUGGACCAAAAGAUCCACUUUCCCACUAUGAAAGUGUUUGGCGACAUCAAAGAAAAUUGCUCUAUGUACAAUCAGUAAAUGGGAACACACUGAUUGUUGGCCCAGCACAAGACAAAGCGCAAAAGAGUAAAUCGUCAACUGAAGCCUACCGUCCUCAACAAGAGCCAGUAUACGGCCAAACGGUGACGCCAAAAGAGAAGGUCGGUCUCUUCUCCGAGCCAAUGUUUCUUUUAAUGCUUUUCCUUUCACUUCUCCUCAAUGUGAUCAUUCUUGUCGUUUUUGUCGUUUUCGUUCUCGCUCGUCCCAGACAUCAGAAGUUAGCUCAACAUAUG